AUGGAAGAAUCAUUUCCAAUGACCGGCGGAGAUGGUCCUUACAGCUACACCAAGAAUUCUAGUCAACAGGAAAAGGCAGCUGCUAGCGGGAAAACAAUGCUGGCUUCGGGGAUCCUUGAAAACCUUGUCAUAGAACAUUCUUCAAAGCUACUUACUAUUGCUGAUUUAGGUUGUUCCACUGGACCAAAUACAUUUAUAGCUAUGGACAAUAUAAUAGAAGCCGUGACACAGAACUUCAAAAUCCAAGGCCACCCUAGCCACCCAGAGUUUCAAGUAUUUUUCAAUGACCAUGUUUCAAAUGAUUUCAAUAUUCUCUUUGCAAAUCUUCCUUCGGAUAAGAAAUAUUUUGCCGUUGGAGUUCCAGGUUCUUUUUACGGCAGAUUAUUUCCAAAGGCUAGUCUUAACUUCAUUUACUCGGCAUUUGCAUUACAGUGGCUUUCUAAGGUACCACGAGAGCUUGGUGAUGUGAAUUCACCAGCAUGUAACAAGGGUAGAAUCUAUUAUUCGAAUGCACCCUAUGAAGUUGGUCAGGCCUAUUCUCUUCAGUUUGCGAAGGACAUGGGGUCCUUUCUAUCUGCUCGAGCAGAAGAGCUUGCUCCUGGUUGCUUGAUGGCGCUUCUCAUUCCAGGACGACAAGAUGGAACUCUACCAUCUCAAAAUUCAAUUGGCCCUUUUAUAAAGCCAUUGGAAUCGUGUCUUGUAGACAUGGUUAAUGAGGGAAUCAUUUGCAAUGACGAAAUUGACUCUUUCAACAUGCCUCUGUAUAGCCCUUCAAUAGAAGAGCUAAGAACACUGAUAAAGAAAAAUGGUGACUUUGGAAUUGCAAGAUUAGAAAAACUACCUCCAAUGUCUGUUCCCUUACCUACAGUUGAAGAAUGUAGAUCUGGCUUUGGAAGCAUUUUAAGAAAACACUUCCGCAGUGAAAUUAUUGAACAACUAUUCGAGAGAUAUCCUGCCAAAAUUGCGGGCCAUCCGCCUAUAAAUACAAGUGAUGGCUUUACCUUUGGAUUGUUUGUACUUCUCAAGCGCAAUGACUAA